AUGUAUUUUGCAUUGGAACGACACUUCCGACAGGUGUGCCAAGCUUUCGUCAAGAUGUAUUUGCAUAUUUCGAUUGGAUCACUGUUAAUUGUGUUGUGUUUGGGUGAUAGUUCAAAGCAAGCUGUGUCUUCUAUAAGUGUCCAUCGAGAUGAUGUACCACUUUCCUACAAGUAUAGUGCAAUCCACAUAUAUUCAACGGAAAAAUCUAGAGACAAUAAUUUAAAUCAACAUCAACAACGCUAUAUUAAUCCAGAAGCUUAUAAAAGCAUACAAUACGCUCCUUUAACAUUUAGUGCGAAGGAAAAAAAUAAUCUGUAUACUCAAGCGAUUGUCCCUAAUCGAAAUGAAGCUUAUUUGACAACUAAUAAACAAAAUAUAAGAGAACAUUUAGAACCACGACAGCGUGAUACCAAUAAGACAUCAAAUACACGACCAACAACACUUCAAUUGAUAGGUGGAUAUAAUAUCGAACCCCCUACGCUUGAUAAAGUAAAAUAUGGUAAGGAAUUCGAUAUUAGGCAGCCAAUAAAUGAUGUACACUUUACACAGCAAAAAGAAAUACCUGAACCAUGGAAAUCUAAAACCAUUUAUAAUAUACAAAAAUCAAAUGAAUUUAAAGAGGAAAAACCUUUAAAG